UCAUAUUACUGUAAAGUCUAAACCGAUUUCGCCGAUAAACCCUAAACCAUUUCCGGUCGCGCGACAUUGUUCAUCCAUGCGCAAUCUACCUCAUGUUCGUUAUCAGACUCUUCCGUCAGAAUCCAAUUCCGUUUGCUCAUCCUCCUACACCUUCCAAUCGAUGUUUCUGCUACUCCAAACUCCGGGAUCACUACGCUUUUGAAUCUCCACCUUCUCUCUCCCCUAAACCCCCACCGCCGGAGCUCAAACCGCGGCAAAACAAACCACUGAAACCGCGGUACAAACCACCAUCGUCGCUCGAUCUCGCUGACAAGAAGCCAAAGCAUUCAGACUUGCCAUUUGAUUUCCAGUACAGUUACACGGAGACUAGCCUCUCGGUGAGGCCUAUCGGGCUUCGAGAACCGAAGUUUUCACCGUUUGGGCCUGGGCGGCUUGACCGGAAAUGGACUGGGGUGUGUGCCCCGGCGGUGGACCCGAAGGUGAGCUCUCUAGAGAGCACGGAAGAUCCAAAACUGGAAGAGAAGAGGAGGGUCAUGUGGGAGAAUAUUCAAGGGGAGCCACUGACAGGAGCCGAGAGAAAGACUUUGGUGGAAACUUGUCAAAAGAAGAAAACAAAGAGGCAGAUUAAUUUGGGAAGAGAUGGUUUAACUCACAAUAUGUUAAAUGAUAUCUAUAAUCACUGGAAACAUGCUGAGGCAGUGAGGAUCAAAUGUUUAGGUGUUCCCACUGUUGAUAUGAAAAAUGUGUGCACGCAGCUUGAGGAGAAAACCUUUGGGAAGAUCAUUCAUAGGCAUGGUGGUUUUCUUGUUCUAUACAGAGGGAGGAAUUAUAAUCCCAAGAAAAGGCCAUUCAUUCCCUUAAUGUUAUGGAGACCCCAUGAACCUAUAUAUCCCAGGCUGAUUAAAACUACAAUUGAUGGACUGAGCAUUAAUGAAACAAAAGAAAUGAGAAAGAAAGGACUAGCUGUUCCUGCUUUGACAAGACUUGCAAAAAAUGGUUACUAUGGUAGUUUGGUACCCAUGGUUCGAGAUGCUUUUCUCUGCUGCGAGUUGGUUCGGAUUGAUUGUCAAGGCCUUGAGAAGAGUGAUUACAAGAAAAUUGGCUGCAAGCUUCGGGACCUUGUGCCUUGUAUCUUGGUGACGUUUGAGAAGGAGCAGAUUGUAGUGUGGAGAGGCAAGGAUUACCAGCCUUCAGAAUCUGAAUGUUUUCUUACAGUCAGAGAGUCAUUUGAUGAUGUUGAUGGCAAUACGAAUUGUGUCGACAAUGACGACGACAAUGAAAAUUUUGACGAUGAAUGCUCCGAUGCGGGCUUUCAAUCUGGUAAUAACGAGUAGUCCCUUGGUUGCUUCACAUCUAUGCGAAUCAUUGUACCAAAACAUCAUGAUCUUUUGAGCUUGUGAUUUUGUUUUCAAGGCUACAUAUUAAUAUUGCAGCUGCAAAGCAAAAUCCCAAAGACUGAUGAUUCAAAUGCACUAUGCUGUAGAUUGACCCAUAUUGUUUGUUCAUAUCAUUUAUUUCCUCAUUCUUCUGUUCUCCCAUGAAGAAGGGAGUCAAAAUUCUGCAGGGCGUUCUUUUUUCGGGUUCAACAAUACCGUAGAGCAUAGAGGUUUGAACUUCUAACUUUCUUUUUGACAAUGGUGUAUACUUUAGCUAGCGGAACUAUGUUCAUGUUGAGUUGUUCUACGCCUAUAUUGGCUUAUCAAAUUUUUGUUAUCGCAA